GAGAGAGAGACAGAGAGAGAGAAAUGGAGAUGGAGCAGCUUUUGGACAUGGGCUUCUCGCAAGAGCUGGCUACUCAAGCGUUAGCAGCUACCGGAGGCAAAUCCACUGUCAAAGCCACCGAAUGGAUCCUCAACCACAAACCCAAUUCUAACCCUAAUCCUUACCCUAACCCUAAUCCUUCUCCUUCCCCUUCCCCUUCCUCUUCCCCUUCCCCUUGCCAACCCAAACUCGAUAGUUUCUUGCAGUUUAAAGCUUCCUCCCCUCAAUCCAGAACUUCCUCAUCUCUAAUCCGAUCCAAUGAAGCAGACCCCACCACUGACAAAUUCACAGCUGUUGAAAAGGAAUCUGAGUGCGAGGAAUCUCCCCUCAAGCGUCCCAAGUUCUGGAUAUGGCCGAACUCUUCCCAACGCUUACCUUCAGAGAAACCCCAUGAACCCUUAUCUGAGCGAAUGCGCCCUCUCACCAUUGAUGAGGUCGUUGGACAAGACCAUCUUUUGGGCAAGAAUUCAGUUCUUCGAUCGGCGUUGGACUGUGAUCGUUUGCCUUCCAUUGUGUUAUGGGGAUCCCCUGGUACUGGUAAGACCUCAAUCGCCAAAGCAAUUGCCAAUUCUGCUUCUGUUUCGUAUCAUUUCGUUUCUUUGUCGGCUGUAACUGCUGGUGUCAAGGACGUUAGAGAUGCCGUUGAGGAUGCUAGGAAAAUGAAGAAGAAGAAGAAGAGAACGGUUUUGUUUGUUGAUGAGGUUCAUAGGUUUAAUAAAUCUCAGCAAGACUCUUUCUUGCCUGUAAUUGAAGAUGGGACUGUUGUGUUCAUAGGGGCAACCACCGAGAACCCUUCGUUUCACCUUAUUACACCGUUGCUGUCUAGGUGUAGGGUUCUUACGCUUAAUCCACUGCAGCCCAACUACAUCGCGGGGUUGCUCAAGCGAGCAGCUGAUGAUGCUCAAAAGGGUUUGGCUCGAAGUGUGGGGGUUAGUGUCAAGGUGGAUGAUGAAACCAUUGAUUUUCUCUCCAUGAAUUGCGAUGGGGAUGCUCGAGUUGCUUUGAAUGCUUUGGAGAUAUCUGCUACAUCUGCUGCAGCUCGAAUUCGAAUAACCCAUCGACAAGCCCCCAAUGUGAAUGAUACUUCAACUUCUCAGUUUAAUAUGUUUAAGUUUCCAUCUUCAAGUACAACUGUUGCAACCAAUCUCAGUGAAAAAAGUGCCAAUUCUUCAGGAAAUGAGGGAAACAGGGAUGGUUUAAAUGUAGCUAUUGUCACCAUUGAUGAUGCCAAGGAAGCUCUCCAAUGUAAGCACCUGGUUUAUGACAGGGCAGGAGAAGAACACUAUAACGUCAUCAGUGCUCUCCAUAAAUCGAUGAGGGGAAGCGAUGCUGAUGCAGCAAUCUACUGGUUGGCAAGAAUGCUGGAAGGAGGGGAAUUACCACUUUACAUUGCCAGAAGAUUAGUAAGGUUUGCAAGUGAGGAUGUGGGACUGGCUGAUCCAUUGGCACUCAACCAGGCUGUUGCUUGCUACGAGGCUUGUCAUUUCCUGGGCAUGCCUGAGUGCAAUGUAAUUCUUGCACAGUGUGCGGCCUACCUAGCUCUGGCUCCCAAGUCUGUUGCUGUUUACAAGGCAAUAGGAGCUGCACAGCAAUUAGUGAGGGACUCGGGGGGACAGAAUGAGGGUGUCCCUCUCCAUUUGAGGAAUGCACCAACAAAGCUAAUGAAGGAACUUAGGUAUGGGAAGGGUUAUCUUUACCCUCCUGAUCACCCUUCAUCUUCAAAAUCACAAACUUAUAUGCCAUCCUCACUACAUGGUUACAAGUUUCUGGACUGGCCUACUAACAAGUAACAACAGUGAUAGAUAAGCGACAGCCUGACUUGCAAUUGAAAUUUAACAUUGAUUAG